UAAUUAUCAUUAUUAUCAUCUAAACAAAAUUCAAUCUUUUCCAAUCAUUUAUCAAAAGUUUUUGUUUUGAAUUUUUUCUCUAAAAAAAUUUGUAAUUCUCUGAGAAAGUGCAUCAAUUGAUUAUAUUUUAUCAGCGUUAAAAUUUAGUAAAAUGUAGAUAGCAUUUUAGAAAAGGUGAUUUCAAUUCAGUUCAUAUCUUAGUAUAGAAAAAGACAUGAACUAAAGAUCGAAACUAAUUUAUUGCGUGGAAGUGAUGCCUCUUUGUAGAUUAGCUUAGUCAUCUAGAAAUUUAUGUUUAUAUUGUCACAUAUAGUGUCUUUGCUUCCAAAAAUAGAUGUUCGCCCUUCAGGAAUUUUAAACCACCCUUUGAUAAAGAAAAUCUUGAUAAAAGAUUAGCAUCAAGUCGAGCAAGUUAAAAAUCUCUUGUCGAUAAUAAUUAAUCUCGUAGUCAUAUGCACAUUGUUAAUUAUUUAAGAGAAGAAUACAUCGAUAUUGUAUAAAAUUUCUCAUAUUGACCAUAUAUUUUACUAUCUAAUAUUCGAAAGUUAAUUUUAGACUUCACAUACAAACAUUUGGAAAGUGCCACCAUUUUCGAAUCAAAGUUCAUCUGUUCGUUAUCUUGAUUUACGAGGAUUUAAUCAUUCUGGUCAAUGUCAAUAUUAUAAUGAUCAACAAUGUUCAUCAUUAAUUCGUUCACCAUUAGGUAAUCAAUGUGAAUUCCUUAUUAUCGAAGUUGAAAAACGAACAAAUAUAAUUGAUCUUGUUAAUAAAAUGAAUCAUCUUCGAGCAUUAAAUGUUCGUUGUCGUGAUAGAAAAAAAAAUGAUGAUGAAUUAAUUAAAUGGUUACAAGCACGUUUACCAUCAACAUGUUCAUUUGCAAAAGAUUCAAGAUUUUCCAAUGAUAUUCGAUUGUGGAUUCGUUAG